UUCGCUCCUUGCUACCGAGCUCUUUUCCGAGCUGAACAAGCGAUUUGGGGUUUUCAUCUCACACCCCGAUUUUGCUACCAUAACGGACGUUCAGGGACUCGCGCGAUUGGUCUCCGGGUCCGGGGCAUCAGAGGCCAUCGCUCUUACUCCCCCACCCCAAGCUCAUUCGGCAAAACCGGCGAAAGGGUCAGCCUCCGUCGAUAUUGAGACAGUUGUAUUCGCUGAGCGCGACGGAAUCCCGCUUUCCGCUGAUCUCUAUUAUCCCGAGGGGCUCAGGGACUCCCAGAGACCCCUCCCUGUCGCGCUUAUGAUCCACGGCGGAGGACAUGUCAUCUCCACUCGGAAGGACAUUCGGCACGACCAAACGCAGAUCCUCCUGCACGCCGGCUUCUUGCCAGUGAGCAUUGACUACCGUUUAUGUCCCGAACUGCCUAUCCACAAAGGCGCCAUGCAAGACGUGCGCGAUGCGUUCUACUGGGCCCGCAAGACCCUUCCAACCCUCCCCCUCCGUCGGAGCGAUAUUCGACCUGAUGGAGAUCGUGUGGUAACCGUCGGCUGGUCAUCUGGUGGCCACCUCGCCAAGACUCUUGGAUGGACGGUGUCCCCGCUAGGGAUCGCGCCCCCUGAGGCCAUCCUCGGCUUUUACUGCCCAACUGAUUACGAAGACCCCUUCUGGGCAUUGCCGAAUCUACCAUUUGGCCAGCGACCCAUCGAACCGCCCGGUACGGGCUACGACUUUCUCUAUGACGGACUUUGCGAUAGCCCCAUUGUGGGAUAUACUCCCCAAGCAUCACGACGGGCGCUCUUGGGAGGAUGGAUGUCCCUCGAGGACCCCCGUUCGCGCAUCAUCUUGCAUAUGAACUGGGAGGGAAAGAGCUUGCUGGUGCUGAUCAACGGGCUUCAGCGACAGGCGGGCACAAGGACGGUCACCAACCCGUCAUUUCCGUCGGUUGAGCAGAUCCAGGCUAUUAGUCCCUUGGCACGGAUUCGACAAGGGCAGUACAGCACGCCGACGUUUCUCAUUCAUGGCACGCGUGAUGAUCUGGUGCCGUGGCAGUCGUCGAAGAGAACGUUCGAGGGCCCUCCAGGCGGUGGGAGUCGCGACCGGGCUAGUGAUAUUGGAGGAUGCAGUGCAUUUAUUUGAUUUGUACCCGUCGAGUAAGAAGAGUCCGGAAGCUGUGAAGGGGGGUAAAAGAGGGUUACGAUUUCCUCAGGGCGCAUGUAUAACUUUAGGUUUGCGACUACCGUGACGGGCUCGACCAGGAUAUGUUGAACAUAAAAUCUCACGA